AUGGAAAAUGCAACGAGGUUAAAGCUGGAGGCCAGGGAGGCGCUUGAAAGACUGGUCAGAGAGAAAGAGGCACAAAUGCUGCAAGAGGCAAUGGAACGGCAAGCUAGAGAGGAGGCAGAGAGACUGAAGAGAGAAGAGGAGGAAAGAAGGAGGAAAGCAGAAGAAAACAAACGGAAUCGGUUGGAGAGACUGAAAAAAGAGAGGAAGGAAUAUGAAAGGGUAGAAAUGGUAAAACGUGAGAGGAUAGAGAGGGAAGAGCUAGAGUGGAUAGAAAAAGAACGAGAGAGACAAGAAAAAGAAGAACUCGAGAGACAAGGAAGAGAAGCACUCAAGAGACAGGAAAGGGAAGAACGAGAGACAGGAAAG